AUGACGACUCCAUCCUCUAGCGCCACCACGAUCGCUGCCCCUCUGUCGCUCCCGAUCACGGAGAAGCUGCACAAGGGCAAUUUUCCUCUAUGGAAGGCGCAGGUCAUGCCGGCCAUCCGAGGCGCACAACUUGAAGGCUUCAUCUUCGGUACCGAGCCGGCGCCACCAAAAGAAGUCGACAUCAUCGUCGACAGCAAACCCGUAAAGAAGAUCAAUGAAGAAUACGCCAAGUGGAUCGCGCGUGAUCAGCAAGUAGUAAGCUAUCUGCUUACCUCGCUCACGACGGAGAUCUUGACUCAAGUCGCCGACAAAAACUCGGCGGCUGAGCUAUGGACAGGGAUCACGGAGAUGUACGCAUCCCGGACCCGUGCGAGGUCUGUGAACACUCGCAUUGCCUUGACGACUACGAAGAAGGGCGACAUGUCCAUGUCCGAAUACUUCAACAAGAUGAAGACUCUCACCUCCGACAUGGCGGCUGCUGGAAAGCCGCUAGAUGAAGAAGAAAUUGUCAGCUACAUCCUCGCUGGACUUGACUACGAGUACAACUCGGUGGUUUCCGCCGUGGUUGCUCGUGUUGAGCCAAUCACCGUGAAUGAGCUUUACACCCAGCUUGUCUCCUUCGACCAUCGCCAAGAGAUGCUUCAGCUAGGUCAAGCUUCUGCAAACGCUGCCUCCCGCGGUCGUGGUGGGGGGCGAGGCUUUCCUCGAGGACGUGGCGGCUACAACCAAGGCCGUGGUGGACAGACUAACCACAGCAACUUCAACCAGGGCCGAGGCGGCGGCUCUGGACGCGGUGGUCCAGGAGGUCACCGUGGAGGCUACAACCAGGGAAAUCGACCACCCAAGCCUAAGUGCCAAGUGUGUGGCAAAGGCCAUACCGCACUUGAGUGCUGGUACAGAUUUGAUCCGGAUGGACGCCUCUAUAUAUCUCGCGAUGUAGUCUUUGAUGAAAACAUCUUCCCGUUCACUGAUCUUCAACCAAAUGCUGGCCCCCGCCUUCGCUCCGAAGUCCUUUUGCUGCCUCAUUCUCUCCAGCCUGCGACUGGGAUUAUAACAGCCCCUGACCAUGUGAUUACUAACCCUACAUAUGCUUCUAAUCCCUCUUAUGACAAUGCAGAAAAUUUAGAGUCAAUUGAUGCAGCGACGGAGCCAGGCGACGCACAUCCGGUAUCGCCGCACGACGGCACCGUCACCGAGGUUGAUCUGCCGGCAGCAACUACCUCGACAACUGCUGCAUCAUCCUCGGGAACGGACGCGUAUCCAGGGGCCGCACCAAACUCGUCCGCGCGCCAACCAGCUACGGCCAUCGGGUCGCCCUCUGCGCGCGUGUCUCCCCCACCAUCCACGCGAUCUGCAGCGAGCGGCCCCCCGGGGGAACACGGCACGUCACCUGGUCGUGCGCCUACGUCGUCUGCGGAACCGGCUGCUGUGGAGUCUUCUGCGGAUGAGCAGCCUGUGGCCGAUCAGGUGGCACCCGAUGAAGAACGGCCUCACACAAGAUCCAAGAGUGGGAUUCACAAGCCAAAACAGUACACUGAUGGUACAGUCAGGUAUAAUUUUCUUGCUACAGCUGAUGAACCUCAUGAUCUGCAUGCAGCACUUAGUAAUGUGAAUUGGAAACACGCAAUGGAUUCGACAUUUGCGCGAGUCCUACGUGUCAGCCUACGCUCUUUACAUGUCCCUUUCACCCCUCCCACACCCCCACAAUCCCAACACCCGGCGACUGAUAUGCACGCGCCGACACCAACCGUCACCACGCCAUAUUUUGAGGCCGGAGCAAAAAAAUCGGAGUCAAUUAACGACUAA